UUUUGCUGUUGCUCUUGACACUAUCGCACGUUAUCAAUUAACAUCUGCUACCUGUAGUGUUCUAUUCUUCAAAAGGUUACGCAUGUAAAACGUUAUCACGCCACGACGUGCUGGCCUCACAAUGACAAUGGAAGAUCGUUCGGGACCAGGCAUCGAUCGUGCAGACGGUGCAGCAUCAACCGCUCAUUCUGGUACAACUCAAAUAAAAACUGCAUCAACCGAUGGCAUACCUACAGAUGCAUCUUAUCCAAUUCGUCGUAACGGAAGUGCUAACAAACGUUCAUUUGACGUUGCAUUUUUAGUCGCACCGGAUGAAAAAUUAGCACGUCGCCAAAAUUUACCAUUGAUAAUUGAUCAUAGGCAUAAUAUUGAAAAUCGACAAAGUCCAGGAUACGUGUCAGCUAGCGCAGCGAUUGCCGACUUACGUCAGCCAGUUCAACCUGCCGGCAGUGAUAGGUCAAGCCCGGGUUCAUCAUCUGCGAGUCCACCUGCUGCUUUUCGAAGAAUUAGUCACUCUCUUCACCUUCAAGAACACCGGCCUAUUCAUCCGUCGCCACAUCAUCAAGAAGAUUCACUUGGCCCAUUGCCAAAAAGUGCUUUUACCAAGGUCAGCUGUCUAAAUUUUGACGAGUCACAGGGAACAUCGCCCCGGUCUUCAAUUUCACCAGACCGUCCUAAUUACCGAAGCAGCGUUAGUCCACCUGGAGGACCACCAAUCAAAGCCUUCAAGUAUGGUACCUUUGCUGCGGCUGCUGCUGCUGCAGCUGCCGCAGCCGCUGUAACAACACCAUUUCCUUUUCUCGUAAAUACUGCAAAUCCCAGUGAAUCUGCCGUCCAAACAAAUAUUCCAACAUCUGGAUUGGUUGAGAAUUUAAAAAUUGGCGGAAAAUUAAACAGUACAAUUGAAUCAUCAUCAUCAUCAUCAUCAUCAUCAUCGGCAGUAGCUUACAGAGCUUCCAAUGAAUUAUCGCCGGCAGCUGCAGCAGUGUAUUCAAAUCUCUCGUACUCACCAAUUUCUGUGUUUCCCGCGCCAAUGUCUGAAGCACUAGUACGACCACGGCACUUUCUCGGUGUCUCUGGAGUGACAGGUGUUGCUGGGUUACUGCCACCAUCAUUUGCGCUCAGUCUCCCGGCGCAAAAUGUUUGUGCCAAGUGCAAUUUGUCGUUCCGCAUGACUUCAGAUCUCGUUUAUCACAUGAGAUCCCAUCACAAGAAUGAAAGUGUUGGUGAGGCAGCACGACGACGGCGUGAAGAUAAACUCAGAUGCCCGGUGUGCGAUGAAAGUUUCCGUGAGAGACAUCAUCUUACAAGACAUAUGACGGCACAUCAGGACAAAGAGAGUGACGCAAUUGCUGAACAACAGCAGCAGCCGCAAGUUCAUUCAAUACCAGCUGUCAAAAGAAGUACUGGUGGAGCUGUUGUCCACGGUGCUGCUAAGUGACGACGUAAGGUCUCGUCGUCGUUCU